AGUGUUGCUGCCUCCAAGACAACAAAAGAAUCAUCGGUUUUGGAUUCAGUUCUCCUGGUCUCUAUCAUUAGCCCACAAGUCAUCCAAGAAACCAGUACUUCUUCCUGCUCUUUUGUCGCCUCUUUCUUUGUUAUUUAUCAAUAUCUUAGCUUGCCAAGUCCGAUUCUCACUCCAUCGGCGUUCCGAUCGAGUUUGUUAUCAUUCAUCGAAUUUUGAGCAAAAAAAGGCGGAAGUCACCGUGAUCAUCUACAGCGCGAUUCCCUCCUUCCCGUCACCGUUCUGUAUAUAAAUUCAAGUCUUCUUGUCAGGCAGGGGAUCAAAGGAAGAGGAGAAAAGUCAGCAAUCUGAUCCCUCCUCGGGCGAAUUUCACUGCUUGAUGGAGUGUUUCAGAUGGCAGUACUUGAUUAUUGUCGCGGUGAUGGUUGUGGGAAAGGAAGUGGGAGGGUUUCCCGAAGAAGAUUUGGUGGCGAGAUUGCCCGGGCAGCCGAAGGUGGGCUUCGCGCAGUACGCAGGGUAUGUGGAUAUUGAUGUGAAGACCGGGAGGAGUCUCUUCUAUUACUUCGCCGAGGCUGAUGGAGAUGCUGACGAGAAGCCUCUCACCCUGUGGCUGAAUGGAGGUCCCGGCUGUUCUUCAAUUGGAGGUGGUGCCUUCACCGAGCUGGGUCCAUUUUUCCCUCGUGGAGAUGGACGUGGUCUUCGAAUAAAUAAAAAGUCAUGGAACAAAGUGUCUAAUCUUCUUUUUGUUGAAUCCCCGGCUGGAGUUGGAUGGUCGUACUCCAAUUCAACUUCAGAUUAUAACAGUGGGGAUGAAUCAACAGCGAAUGACAUGCUUACUUUUCUGUUGGGAUGGUAUGAAAAAUUUCCUGAGUUUAGAUCAAGAGAUUUAUUUCUAACGGGUGAAAGCUACGCAGGUCAGCAAAGAAUAUAUAUAUAUAAACAACACAUGCCUCGAGAGUAUUAUUUUACCUUCUAUAUUCAAACUGUCACAGGGCACUAUAUCCCACAGCUGGCUAAUGUUCUUCUUGAUUAUAAUCACCAUUCUUCUGGUUUCAUGUUUAAGAUUAAAGGAAUUGCCAUAGGAAACCCACUUCUCAAGCUUGAUAGGGAUAUUCCAGCAACGUACGAGUACUUUUGGUCCCAUGGUAUGAUAUCGGAUGAGAUAGGCCUUAGAAUCAUGAGCGAGUGUGAUUUUGAAGAUUACACCUUCAGUGGCGCCCACAAUAUGAGCAAAUCUUGUAAUGAAGCUAUUGAAGAGGCAAAUACAGUGGUUGGGGAUUACAUAAAUGCAUACGAUGUCAUUCUAGAUGUUUGCUAUCCAUCAAUUGUGGAGCAAGAGUUGAGAUUACGAAAAUAUGUCACUAAGAUGAGUGUUGGCAUUGAUGUUUGCAUGUCCUAUGAAAGGCGUUUCUAUUUCAACCUUCCAGAAGUUCAACAGGCUCUUCAUGCUAACAGGACAAAACUGCCUUAUCCCUGGAGCAUGUGCAGUGGUGUCUUAAACUACAGCGACGCAGAUGGAGAUAUCAAUAUCUUGCCCCUACUCGCUAGAAUAGUUAAGAAUAAAAUACCAAUUUGGGUUUUCAGUGGUGAUCAAGAUUCCGUUGUGCCGCUUUUGGGUUCGCGAACGCUUGUACGGGAAUUGGCUCAUGAUCUUCAAUUUGGAGUAACAGUCCCUUAUAGUGUUUGGUUUUACAAAGGACAGGUGGGCGGAUGGGUAACAGAGUAUGGGAAGCUAUUGACUUUUGCAACUGUAAGAGGGGCAGCUCACAUGGUUCCAUACGCUCAACCUGCGAGAGCUCUUCGUCUUUUCACCUCGUUUGUUCAUGGCCACCAGCUGCCAAACUCCACCUACCCUCCGAUUGAUUAAAUAGCAGUAGAAAUGUGAAGCAUUUGUUUCCAACUCUUUUAAUAAUGUUCUAAUAAUGCAUGAAUCAAUUAAAUUUAAAAUUAAAAUUGUGCUUUAUCAGUU